CUCCUUUAGCCUCGGCGCCCCCAACUCAAAUUAAAAUGCAUCUAGGUACAUAAGCCAGAAGGAUCUCAACUUGCAGCUAAUAGCUGCAAUAAGGCGAGAGGUUACUGUUGGACGAGGAUACCUACCACAUCCCUGUAGCGUAGGUACGUACGUACCUACCCUAUAGGACCUCUCCCAGCCCCUGAAAGUACGAGUUUUGUGGAGAAAUGUCGUCACUCCUUAUUCGUGAAUGGCUUAUUCGAGCUUCCGUUCGUUCAUCCCUCUUACCUCGUAGCCUUCGAAACCUGGGGGAGGUGGAUCCUAUUAACUAUUCUGUAAGGUACUUAUUUGUGUUCAGCCUGCCCGCACUCCAUCCUUGGAGUUCCUUUCCUUCUUUCUUUCUCCAACUUCCGGAUGGAGGCUCAGCGUUCUCUAGAUCUAACAUUCUCUUGAAUUCGCACACCUCACUCUCGCGCUGCUCGUUGGUUAAUCGUUGUUUUUUGUUUUGCGCCGAUCACUUCUAAAUAUCUUAGAUAGCAUUACUUUCGUCCUCCUGGUGUCCGACGACAUUAUACACAACAUACAUUAGCUUUAUGUUUAGUUAUCCAACGCAUUGUCCUUCCUCUCAUCUUUCUCCGUUAGCUUAGAAAUAGAGUAUCCGUUUGAUCCGUCGCCAUGAGGCUGUGUCUCUGGCCGGCCCUUACGGCGCUGUGCCUGGUCCUCGUCGAUGCUUCGUCCCUAACUCCUCCCGUAUUACCGUUAAUCGUGCGAAAUCCGUAUUUGAGUAUAUGGCUUGCCCGCGCCCGGGAUGCUCCAUGGAAAAACUGGCCGAUAUUCUGGACUGGUAGCACCGUCGGUUUUGCUGUUAUGGCUUCGGUACCCGAGACUAAAACAGUAUAUCCUUUGUUGGGUCGUUCGCAGGACUUCCUUAGGAAAUCUUCGGAGUAUGAGAUUUCCUUUCCUGAAUACGACGGCGCCACAUUCGAUGCCUCGACCACGAAUCUCACCUACUCUAUCCCGGGGUCCGAUGUGAAAAUUACUCUCUCGUUCUUGUCUCCUAUCACACCCACAUCGACAUUUAGACAGUCCAUACCAGCGUCCUACCUCACAUGCAUUGUAGAAGGUUCUACCGACGUAAGCCUCUACGUGGAUAUUAAUGGGGAAUGGGCCAGUGGCAAUCGAGACAGCAAGAUCCAGUGGGAGCUCGUCCGGACCGAAAAGAGGGACAGGGCAAAGACUCCCAUCAAAACUUGGAAUAUCAAACGGCAUCAAGAGCAGCUCCUAACCGAGUCUUGGGAUCACGCUGAAUGGGGAACCAUUCAUAUUUCUGCCCCGGCUGAUGUAGAACAUCAGUCUGGUGAAGCGAACUACAUACGACGUCAUUUUGCUCGGUACGGGUCAUUGAAGAAUGAAGUCGACGAUUCUUACCGUGGAAUUUUCGAGGAAGAACCUAUAUUCGCCUUCGCCAAAACUUUCAAGCUGAAGAAAAAGUCUAACGAGUCGUCUGGUGUCGCUCGGGAUAGCGUUAUUUUUACUUUUGCUCUCACCCAGAAUCCUGUUGUUCAGUUUGCUUCAGCUAGGGGCUUGACCUUGAUGCGUCCCUUAUGGGAUUUUUAUUUCUCGGGUACUCACGAAAUGCUGCAAUUCCACUAUGAUGAUUACGAAACUGCAGCUUAUCUUGCUAGCAACUACUCAGAACAACUUGCCAAAGAUGCCUAUGCUUCCGGUUCACAAGAUUAUCAAGAUAUUGCGGCGUUGUCAGCUCGCCAAGUGCUUGGAGCGACACAGUUUUCGGGUACACCAGAUAACCCUAUUAUAUUCCUCAAGGAGAUUUCCUCGAACGGUAAUUUCCAGACAGUCGAUGUUAUCUUCCCAGCGUUCCCGUUCUUCUUAUAUACCAACCCUCAAUGGCUAGCAUAUCUACUGGAGCCUCUUCUCGAACAUCAGUUAAGUGGCCAGUACCCCAACGAUUACAGCAUGCAUGAUCUUGGAUAUCAUUUUCCCAACGCGACCGGACACAGCGACGGCAAUGAUGAAUAUAUGCCCGUCGAAGAAUGUGGUGAUAUGCUCAUCAUGGGUCUUGCUCUUGUCAAUGCCCUCAGAGACGACCCACAGCCUCAGUUUGCCCGGACUGUACCUGAAGCAGCCUUAAUACUGAAGUCAGAGUCUGUGAAAAGGUCGUUGCUGGCUAAUGAAUACGGAAUGGAUCGUACAUGGGAGGACCUAGGCACCACGGGUGAAAAGGCGGCUGCAAGAUGGGUACGACGUUCAUACAAACUAUGGAAGCAAUGGACAGGGUACCUUGUCCGGGAGUCGCUCAUCCCUGCGAAUCAACUUUGCACUGAUGACUUCGCUGGUUGGCUGGCCAAUCAGACAAACCUGGCGCUCAAGGGCAUCAUUGGUAUCAAGGCCAUGAGUGAGAUUGCCAACGUUGUCGGUGAGAAGGCGGAUUCCAAGUGGUACAGUAACGUAGCCGACGAAUACAUCGACAAGUGGCAAGACUUUGGAUUAUCCCGAGACAAAACACAUGCAAAGUUGGCGUACACCUGGUACGGAUCAUGGACGACGAUUUAUAACCUUUUUGCCGAUGCUCUACUUUGCUUCCACGUACCUGCUAAUGCAUCUCCGCUCGAAACGAGUAGAAUUUUGGGCUCAGAACAGCAACCCAUGGGGGAUGAGGGUAUCAAUAAGUCGAAGUCGACGUUCAUUCCCGACAAAAUCUACCAGAUCCAGAGCGACUGGUACCAUGCUGUGCUCCAAAAAUACGGUUUGCCGCUGGAUAGCCGUCAUCUAUAUACGAAGAGCGACUGGGAGUUCUUUGCGGCUGCUAUAACGAGCGAGAAGGUCCGCACGGAGAUCUUGCAGCACGUUGCAACAUGGGUCAACGAGACUGCAACAGGUACGCAAUAGUUUCAUCAUGCUUUACCCCCUCUUAAUAUAACAGCUAUACUAAACCAAGUUUUUGCAGAUCGUCCACUGACGGACCUUUACGAGACGGAGGGCGAUGGUGGAUUUCCUGGUCCAAACUUUAUGGCUCGCCCUGUAGUAGGAGGUCACUUCGCAUUCCUUGCGUUAGAGAGGGCAUGCGGCGGCAGAGCAUCGGAAGGUCUGAAGUUCCUAGAUAAAACAGC